CCACGUCCCUUCAUCUCAUCCGCCCAUCUUUAUUUCUCGUUCCUCGUCGCCGACACAUAUUAAAAUUGCGACGUUCUUCGCAACAACAUGUCGUCGAGGAUACGCACAGACCUCGAGAGCCUCACGCGGUUCCGCGCGCCAGGUGUACGACCCUUUCGGUUACUCCUCGCCGUCGUUGGGCUACUCUGUGUGGGCCUACUUGUAACGUCGCCCACAGCGCGGACGUACGUACCAUACGAGAAGUUCAAAUACGGUUCUUCAAAAGGUGGAAGUGGGAGUGGAAGUGAUGGAGGGUACACCGUCGUACGUCCUCCACACGCAAAACCCGUAAACGUCACCAUCUCUCCACCCGUCGACCCGGAAACCAACCGCGCAAACGCAACGCUCCUGAUGCUCGCACGAAACAGCGAUCUAUCAGGUGUAGAAGCUUCCAUGAGAUCCCUCGAAUCCGCUUUCAAUCAUAAACACAACUACCCCUGGACUUUCCUCAACGAAGUACCAUUUUCACUCGAGUUCAAGAAACGCGUUCGCGAACUCGCCAGCGGAGAAGUCAAGUUCGGCUUAAUCCGAAGCGAGGACUGGUAUCCUCCCGACUGGCUCGACGAAGAAAAGUACGAACACGAUCGUAAGGAGAUGGAAAAGCUACGAACAGUACCCUACGCGGGGAGUACGACCUAUCGUAACAUGUGUCGUUUCAACUCCGGAUUUUUCUUCCGACAAAACGUAUUGGAUGAGUUUAAGUGGUAUUGGAGGGUGGAACCGCAUGUGACGUUCCCGUGUGAGAUUCCUGGAGACCCAUUUGUGUAUAUGAUCGAGAAUAAUAAGCGGUAUUCGUUUACGAUUACUAUACCGGAGUAUGGUGAGACGAUACAAUCGCUGUGGCCUACUGUUAAAGGCUUCAUGUCCGAUUACUCGCAUCUCAUGCCCGAUAACAACGCACUUGCAUAUUUAACGGACGACAACGGAGAGUCGUACAACCGAUGUCAUUUCUGGUCAAACUUCGAAGUCGCAGACCUCGACUUCUUCCGUUCCCCCUCCUACCUCCAAUUCUUCAACUCUCUCGACCAAACGGGUAACUUCUUCUACGAACGAUGGGGAGACGCACCCGUGCACUCUAUCGGUGUUGCGCUCCUCCUACCUAAAGAGCAAAUUCAUUUCUUCAAGGACAUAGGGUACUACCACGUACCCUUCUGGAACUGUCCCGCGGAUGAAGGGAAUGAGUUGCAAUGCAAUUGUGAGAGAGGACAGAGCUUUGAUGUACAUGGGAGUGCGUGUAUGAAGAGGUUUGAGGGGUUGUUCCCUGAUGGUGUUAUUGGGUGAGGUAUAUGCAUAUUUCCUUCUCUUUUAAUCUUAUUAUACACACACAAUGCAUGAAUAAACCUUAGACCAGCUGGAUCCUGUCCUCAUCCUGUCCUAUCCUCACCUCCCUCUCGCAUAUGUAAAAUCUUGGAAGUCAUCAAUGAUAUUGCAUAUAUUAAUUGAUACAUUGGUGGCCGGAAUGAUGGUAAGUUGCCGACCUUGACCCGACUAUAUAGACACCCUCUGUAGGCCACGACUUGUCAAUCGAAUACAUCGUGACGAUUAAAGAUGGCGGCUACCACUGAUACUUCCGACUCGUCUCAGCUGAUUGAGAGCUUGGCAGCUAUGUCAAUAGCUGGGGGCAAUAAACAAAUAGUCCCUAUAACUCCAACGUCUGCUCCAGGAGCAGAGGAUGUGUCGAUGGAUACCCUGGCGCAGUCAUUUGUCGAUCAAUCAUAAUCAACGACGUCUACUCCCAUGUCACUGUCUAAUGAUACUUCAGCACCCGGAUCGGGUCCAUCGGUGUUUGCAUCUACACCAUCGUCAACUCAGACUGUGCCAGACUUUGACUUCAUGUCGAUUGGAUUUGAUGACUUCACAUCGAUGUUCGGUAAGGAAGAACCUAUCGACUUCGAUUGUGAUUUCGAGAGCUGGUUCACUACAGAUGUGGAUGGUAUUCUUCCAACGACUGCUCGAGCAGGGCAGGUGGGCGCAUUUCCCAAUAAUCAAUCAUAACCAACGACGUCCACUCGCAAGUUGCCACCUAAAGGCGUUGGUACUGCAGUACCUGGAUCAGCUCCGUCAGUACCGGCGCCGUCAGUUUCUGCAGACUGCAACCGCACCACCGCCGAACGUUGACUUCGACUUCAUGACGGAUGGGUUUGAUGACUUCAUAUCGAUGUUUGGUAGAGACGCU